AUGGCACCUCCGGUUCUCCCUUUUAGGGAUGUCAAUUUACACGCUUCGCCCUCCCACUAUGCCUUUACCUCGCCUUCAUCGCCCCAGGCACCAACGCUUGUGGUAGAUCGGCCGACGGGCGACAUUCGUCUGAACGAUGGCCCUCUAUCGGGUGCUAAGCGUAUCUCGAGCAUUGCAGGAAUUCUGGGAAUCGUUAAGCUCAAGCUAGACAAGUACAUUAUCGUCAUCACCAAAGCCCAGCCUAUGGGACGACUUCGCGGCCACAUGGUGUACAAAGUUGCCUCCACCGAGUUCCUUCCGAUGCGCGAGCGCCCGCUCCACGAUAAAGAUGAAGAUACCUAUUUGACCCUGAUCAAGGACCUGCUUCGCACCGGCCCCAUGUACUUCUCCUACUCCCUGGACCUCACCAACAGUUUCCAGAGACAAUCGCAAAGCUCGCCAGAGAUCCCCAUGUGGAAGCGCGCCGACGAUCGUUUCUUUUGGAACCGGUUCAUUCAGUCCGACCUGAUCGAUUUCAGCUUGGGAGAAAAUAAUACAAAUGGCAUCCGGUACGGGCCCCAACCGGGCGCUGACCCUUACAUCCUCCCAGUGAUGUUUGGCAUGCUGCGCAUCACUCCGGCUCGAGUCAAGGGAACUUCCUUCACAUUUGCUCUCAUUACACGACGAUCCCGACACCGCGCUGGCACGAGGUACUUCUCGCGCGGCAUUGACGAGCAAGGCCAUGUCUCGAACUACAACGAAACAGAGCAGAUUGUGAUCUUGAAUGACUCUGCUGGGGGCUUGUCAGGCUAUGCACCCGGUCAAUCAAUGACAAACGGCAAGACGGGCCAGGAUCUCCAAGUGUACUCUUUUGUCCAGACCCGCGGCAGUGUCCCAGUCUUCUGGGCUGAAGUCAAUGACCUCAAAUACACGCCCAAGCUGCAAGUUCGCGGCGUCGAGACCGCCGUCGAAGCUGCGCGCAAGCAUUUCGCAGAGCAGAUUCGCCUAUAUGGAGAGAAUUACAUGGUGAAUCUAGUUAACCAAAAAGGCCGAGAGGAGCGCGUGAAGAAUGCAUACGAGCAGCUGAUUCGCAUUCUUAUUUCUUCUUCUACCGAGACGAGAGAAGCGGAUGAUAAGACUCCGGAAAAGAUCCACGUUCUUGAACCAGGUCUGAAGCAGAAGGAGAUGGAUCGUCUGCAUUACGUUUACUUCGACUUCCACAACGAGACAAAGGGCCUCAAGUGGCACCGUGCUGAGCUACUGAUGGGUCGCUUGAAUGAUGGCUUGACCCAAGGUGGCUAUUUCCGUGGUGUGGAGGGCCCCGGCGACUCUGGCGGCCCGCUCGAAAUCCGGUCGACGCAAACGAGCGUGGUACGAACCAAUUGUAUGGACUGUCUCGACCGAACCAACGUUGUCCAAAGCAUGCUCGGCCGCUGGGCGGUGACUCGACAGCUUAUGGAUGCUGGAGUGCUCCGCCCCGGUGAGAAUGCCAACGAUGAUCGAGAAUUUGAGGAUAUGUUCCGGAACAUCUGGGCGGACAAUGCCGAUGUUGUUUCCAAGUCCUAUUCUGGCACGGGUGCCUUGAAGACCGAUUUCACUCGGACGGGCAAGCGAACUCGGGCUGGUGCUCUCCAGGAUUUAAACAACUCGAUUACGCGCUACGUGCGCAACAACUUCAUGGAUGGACCCCGACAGGAUGGGUUUGAUGUGUUCUUGGGCACCUACCUCCCCUCGGAUACAAGCUUCGCGAACAUCCAGCUGUUUAUUGAUCGGCGACCACUUGCCGUCCAGGCCAUUCCUUAUAUCUUCGCGGCCAGCUUGUUCAUGGUUCUGAUUGCUACUUUCACGAGGCAAAUGCCGGACGCAGCGGUCUGGCCGCUCCGUCUUUUCAUGAUCUUCUGGAUCAUCAUCGGUGCCUACUCCUUCCGGUUCAUCCAUGGCCAUGGCAUGCUCUACGUGAACUGGCCAAAGCUCAACGCCCCCGUCGCCGGCGCCGAGGGAUACCAGGAUGCUCUCAUUAAGGCUCGUACUGACCCCAUCAUUGGCCAAUGGCUUCCUUCCAGACGACACCAGCGUGGCAUCAGCAACGCCCGUCUCGUCUUCCUCGAGGAGGGCAAGACCAGGAUUGAGUAA